CCGAUCGUUUCCUUGCUUUUACAUAACCAUAAUGUCUCACUAUGAUUCUUUCCCCCACCCAUAUCAUUUUCACCGGGUGGUUUUGGCCAAGGCACUCACGUGUCCUUUAUAAGCACACAUCCCCAGCCAUCAAAGACAGAAUCGUAUCGACGUUCGUAAAAUCAAGUCCGAACAGAAACACGAACCCAUCUUUAAUCGGUUGUGACGUUUCGAAAAGAAAAAGUUACAAAAAGAAUAAUAACAUACAUUUUUGUCCAACAUUUUUUCACCAGUGAUUCCAAUACAUAUAUAUAUAUAUAUAUAUAAUAUAUACAUAUAUAUUCUUGUUUUCGUCAAAAGUCGUAAAAAAAAGAUAUUCAUCAAAAUGAAUUCGUGCAUUAUUGUGGCGUUCGUGUUUGGAAUGUUGGCUAUUACUUUGGCUUCACCCGUACCUGGUUAUCAUGGCCAUUCUCAUCAUGUAAUUCAUGUACCGUAUCAUGUACAUACGGUACAUCAUCAUCACGUGAAAAAGGUUCAUGUACCAGUUCAUCAUGUUAAAAAGGUACCAGUACCCAUACCGUAUCCUGUACACCACGUAGAAAAGGUUCAUGUACCAGUACCUGUAGUUGAAAAGGUUCAUGUACCAGUACCAGUGGUUGAAAAAGUUCACGUACCUGUUCAUGUACCAGUUCAUGAAGAAAAAUCUUGGUGGUAGAGCUGCUGGUCUCUAAUGUUGUUAUUAAUUUGUUUUCAAUUUUUAGGUUAUAUAAUUUCAAUGUACAAGAGAUAAUUGUUCGUCGAUUUUUCAAAUAAUAAUAAAAUAACAAAAAAAAACAAGAGAUUAUUUACCUAAAUGAGCGUAAAAUCUUCUAAGAAUACUCUUCGAAGUGAUCAGUACAAAAUAGAUGAUAUCGAUCUAUCGAUAAUACCAUACCAUACGAAAUCUUACAUUUAAAUGAUUUCCUAGGUGAAAUAAAACAAAAUCUUCAAUAUGAAGAUCAUUGUAUGUUUGUAAUUGUAAAUAUACUUAUCUGUGUUAUG